AUGAGUGUCCAUAAUCGCCUUAAGCAUCUCACCAGAAAAGACGUCGAGGCCCUCCAGCCCUUGCCAUCUAAAGGCUCGGCUAUUCCCAACAACCGUUACGUGAUCAAGCAUGAGGCCGAGGAUAGAGUUAUAGCAAAAAACGCGAAUAUACAUACCAAGACCUGGUUCAAGUCGCAGCCACUCAGCACCCAGACAAUUCGUAGGAUCCGCGGGGUCAAACUUUUCGCCGAGUCGCGCGAUCAAGGCUUCGUCAGCAAUAUUGCAAAAGGCAAUUGGUCCUGGUUUGAGCUGGCCAUCCUUGAGAACGAAUCGUCGACAAAUCCCAGAAAGACUCACACCGGCAUCGAGCUUGUCUCCGUGAGCCACAAAAAUAAACUCGCUUCCAAAGAGUACACCUGGCUACAUGGCGAGACGUUUGACAAGACGCGUGAUAUCCUCAAGUGGCUCGAGGAGGGCAAUGUGAUUGCGGUUCGGCUCUGCGCCCGGUUCUUGGAGUGGGCAACGUAUGCAAGACAUGGGCACCUCGUCAUUGACGUCGGGAAUGAUGAAGACGCUGUGCCCAUCACGCCUAUUGACUGGCACCCGGCCAAAGAGAUUCCUCUCCGGCGCAACGUCCACGAGUGGUUCGCGGAGGCGCAGGAGCCCCAGGCCAGCAAAGACGCAAAACUCGAACUGUCGCUCUUCAUUCCAGCAAUGGCCAAGUUCCAGCGCCUUGGUCUAGAGGAUCAACUCUCCUACUUCCGCAUCGCUGGCAUCCACGGCUCGCCGCCCAAUGUGUCAUGGAACAUGGGCAGAGAGCCAAUCCCAUACGACAGUCCGGAUAUGGAAGAGCAGAAGGACAAGGGCCAAGGCGGCAACUACUGCCCGCACAACAAGUUUGUGUUUCCCACCUGGCACCGCGCGUACUUGAUGUUAUUCGAGUGGAGAGUCAGCGACCUCAUGAUGGAAGAGGCCAAGACUCGCAGUGACGAUCUUGACGGAUGGGUUUCGGCUGCGAAGCGCUGGCGCUUGCCAUACUGGGAUUGGGCUCGCCAGCCGAGUCUGCCUGGCCUAGUGAGCAACGAGAAGAUCAGCAUCUUGGAUACCGACGGCACGAUGAAGGAGGUUGCGAACCCCAUGUACCGAUUCCAGAUGCCCGGAGGGCGGCGUAUGGGUGACCCUCACUAUGGCGACUACCGCAUCGACGGCAACGGAGCAGGCCCGUGGGAUUUAUGCAUUGGCACCAGCCGCCACGCCGUCAGCUACUACGACAAUAAUUGGCGCCAGGGGCACUCGGAUGCCAACAAGGUGGCGUCGGCGCUCCAGGGACCCCGACUGCUCCAAAAUACCGUCACGAUCAAGGACGGCAUCUUUCGCCUACUGACACAUCGCUACUCGACUCAAUAUGAGCAUUUUGCUUCCACCAAGCAUGAGCCCGAAGAUGAAGUCGAGGCCAAGGGAUACCUCUCUCUGGAGUCUAUCCAUAACAGUGUCCACGACUACAUUGGCGGUAGUGACCUCGUCAGGGGCUGUGGGCACAUGAGCUCCGUCCCUGUGGCGGCAUUCGACCCCGUCUUCUGGCUGCACCACUGCAACGUCGAUCGGCUUCUUUACCUGUGGCAAACCAUCAACCCCGGCAGCUGGUUUGACGCUUCGAGCCAGUUGAAUCGGACAGGUACCUCGAUGCGGGUACGGCAUGACGACGACGCGCUGACGGACCUCGUGCCCUUUCGCCGUUCCACCCACGACUUCUUCGACUCGAAUGGCGUGCGCGUUGCGGGCCGCCUCGGUUAUACGUACGACGAUGUAAAACAUAUUACCGAUGGCGAGGGACAAGUUGUGCCGGAGAGGCGCAACAAAUACAUCAACAGCCUGUACGGUCCGGCACAACCCAACUUUCGAUUCCCCAACCAAAAGGACGUGGAUCCCAUCAUCAACGUCGUCUACAACCGGUAUGCCUUUGGCGGCCUGUCGUACGCGCUGCACUUCUUCCUCGGCCCGCUCGAGCGCAACGUCCCGUACCAUCAACAGCGCCAUCUCGUGGGCAGCGUCCACACAUUCUCUGCGCCCCUGACCAACUAUCAGGGCUCGACGGGCUGCUCCAACUGCCGGGAGCAGGCGAGCGACGGCAUCCUCUCGCGUGCGCAGAUCCCGCUCACGCGUUCCGUGCCCGUCGAGCACCGCGGCACGCACGAAGAGGCCAUGGACCACUUUAGAGAGAAGCUGCAGUGGGUUGUGGUGCUCAACACGGGGGCCAAGGUCCCCAGUGAUGCGGUCAAGGACUUGUGCGUUACGCUGCUGCUUGGGGCCAACCAGCUGGAGGGUGGCCUGGAGGGAGUGCCGAGAUUUGGCGAGUACGAGGCCAAGGAGUUUGACUGGGACAGUGCUGAGCUGUAG